GCUAUCACAACAACCACACAGCAAAAUCCAAAUUCGUUGAAGCCACUGAAGCCACACACUACAGCUGUGUUUCGCCUCCGUACCUCCAUUGAGGCUUUCAUAGCUCCUUUCAUGGGAUUGCGUGGAUUGGAUAACGGGGUCCUGGUAGUAUUUUGAGCUGUGUUGAAUUACUUUUCAAGAGGUAUCAUAAACUUCUUGAAAUGAGCGCAAUGCGCUUAGUGGGCUUGUUGAGUGUUUGGAAUGGGAACUUAAUAAAAUGUCCCCUUGUGCAAGGCAUGAACCUACAUCGAACCAACCCAUCAUUUGUCAUUGACACAGGAAGAUGGAUCAAAAGGGAGAAAACUUGCAUUAGAUUUUCUACCAUUGCAGCAGCUAAUGAUGAUAGAAGCAAAAGCUGCAAGAAAAUGUUAGCAAAGGACCUGGCCUUUCUUGUUGAGGAAUCAUCUAGUCUUGAUGAUAGCAGACCCAAGACUAGAAUGGAGGAAAAGAGGUCUCUUGAACUUCGCAUAAAGAAGAGAGUAAAGGAGCAAUAUGUGAAUGGAAAGUUUCAAAACCUAAUGGCCAGAGUGAUUGCCAAUCCAGAUACUCUUCAGGAUGCUUACAAUUGUAUUAGGCUUAAUUCAAAUGUUGACAUGACAAACAGUGCCGAUGGAAUCUGUUUCAAAUCCAUUGUGGAUGAGCUCCAUUGUGGGCAUUUUGAUUUCAAAGCAAAUACCUUCUCUGUCUCAACAAGAGGUGCAAGAAAAGAGGUUCUUGUCCUUCCUAAUCUGAGGACUAGGAUUGUUCAGGAAGCCAUUCGAAUGGUUUUGGAAGUUGUUUACAAACCCCACUUCUCAAAAAUUUCGCAUGGCUGUCGAAGUGGAAGAGGACCUUCUACUGCGUUGAAGUACAUCAGCAAGGAGAUCUCUUGUCCUAAUUGGUGGUUCACAAUGCUUUUAAACAAAAGAGUGGAUGCUUGCAUCAUUAAUAAGCUCAUCUCGAUAUUGCAAGACAAGAUAGAAGACAUGCAGUUAUAUGCUACAAUUAGAAGCAUGUUUGAUGCUAAUGUGUUAAGUUUUGAGUUUGGUGGUUUUCCAAAAGGCCAAGGCCUUCCUCAAGAGGGAGUUUUAUCACCCGUAUUAAUGAAUAUAUAUCUUGACCUCUUUGAUCAUGAGUUUUACAGACUGUCAAUGAUAUAUGAAGCUCUGGAUCCAGACUUUGGUGAUGCUGGAGAUAAGUUCCAUUCCAAGCUGCGUAAUUGGUACAGGAGACAGCUAAAAGAUAAAGAUCUCAAAUACACUGAUAACGAUAAUUCUGGUCCAAGAGUUCAUUGUUGCCGCUUUAUGGAUGAGAUAUUUUUUGCAUUUUCUGGUUCCAAAGAUGUUGCUCUUCGUUUCAAGGCCGAGAUUGUAAAUUACUUGAAGAGUUUUCUACACCUGGAUGUUGAUGAUCAAAUAGAAAUUCUACCAUGUGAUGAAUUUCAUGGAAUUCGCUUUUUGGGAACUCUGGUUCAAAGGAGCAGGCAAGAAAGCCCUGCUACAAGAGCUGUUCACAAGUUAAAAGAAAAGGUGAAGCUAUUUGCUUCACAGAAGCAAGAGGCCUGGAAUGCAGGGACAGUUAGAAUUGGGAAGAAAUGGUUGGCUCAUGGUUUAAGGAAGGUCAAAGAGUCAGAAAUCAAGCAUUUAGUUGAUGGUGGUUCUAAUUUGACUAAAAUUUCUUCCUUUCGUAAAACUGGGAUGGAAACUGAUCAUUGGUUUAAGGUUUUGCUUAAAGUAUGGAUGGAAGACAUUAAAACCAAAGAACCAGAGAGUGAGAAAAUUCUAUUGUCAAGGUAUGUUGCUGAACCAGCGCUUCCCCAAGAACUAAUGGACUCCUAUUAUGAAUUCCUAAAGCGUGCGGAUGAUUAUGUUUCUUCUGAGACAGCUGCUACUUUGGCUCUUUUGUCAAGUUCAAGCUUGGAUACUGAAUGUGUCAUCACUGAGAUUGUGGCUCCUGUCAAUGCCAUAAAGAAGUGUCUCUUCCGAUAUGGAUUGAUCACAUCUGAUGGAUACCCUCGCACAAGCUCUCUGCUCAUCUUACAAGAUAACAGCCAAAUUAUUGAUUGGUUUUCAGGAAUUUUCUGUCGCUGGAUUAGGUGGUACCGUGAUUUCAACAACUUCAAUGAGGUAAAGCUCAUCAUUUCUAAAGUAUUGAGGAAAUCAUGCAUUCGCACUCUAGCGGCAAAAUAUAGAAUUCAUGAAAAUGAAAUAGAGAAACGUUUUGAUUCAGAACUGAGUAGAAUCCCCUCUACUGAAGAGAUAGAGCAAGAGCUGGAGCAUGAAAUGUCAGAUUCUAACACUUUUGACACUGAUGAGGCCUUGAUGUAUGGGAUUUCUUAUAGUGGUUUGUGUCUGCUAUCUCUGGCAAGAAUUGUAAGCCAGUCACGGCCCUGCAAUUGUUUUGUACUGGGAUGCUCAGCAGCAGCACCAAGUGUUUAUACUCUCCAUGUAAUGGAAAGACAGAAAUUUCCAGGAUGGAAUACUGGGUUCUCAAGCUGUAUUCAUCCAAGCUUGAAUAGGAGGCGAAUUGGAUUGUGUAAGAAACAUCUAAAGGAUUUAUAUCUUGGUCAUAUAUCACUUCAGUCCAUUGAUUUUGGAGUAUGGAAAUAACUUGUUUCAAUGUAUUCUAAGUCUUCUGUAGCAGCAGGCAUCCCGGACCCAUCUGUGAGUUAGUGGCUGGGAAAGCUAUCAUAAAGACUGAGUUGGCUAUGGUCAUGCAUGCUAUAAAAAUUUGAAGAGUGGAUGUGGUUGCAUUUAACUCUUCAUUCAAUUUUUUGCAUUAUUUGCAAGAACAUGUUGACAACUUUUGACUGAAGUGAAUUUUUGGUAUCUUCCUUUGACUAGGCCAUAUUAUGGUUCACAUCUCAUUUGAUAAACAUGAUCAACUGUAUAAGUAUAACAUCCAGAAGGAGAUCUGUCAUUGGUAGGAACUUAUCCAAAAGUGCAUCAGUGAGUCUGGGACUUCAGAAUCUGUGGGAGUCGAUUCUUGGUGAGAGGAUGUGUAAUACAAGUUUAAAGUAAAGAAAGGCCAAGUACAUUGUUUAGGGAAGACCGCCACUACCAAUAAAUCCCUGCAGCCAUCAUCUAAUCAACCUGACGUGGAAGAUAGGUUUAGGGCUUUAGAAGGCUUACUUGGUGAGAGAUGGUUGCUUGUGGAAUUGAUUUGCAUACUGUAAAUAAUCAAUCUGAUGUGGAAGCUAGGUUUGGCCAAGUAGAUUUUAAUAUGAUAACAGAUAUCAUACCAGCAGCAAAUAAUUUGACUAGACAGCUAUACUGUAAAUAUUGAGUAUUGGAGAUACUGAAAUGAACUUUGUUGAGGUUCCUGGUGCUGGCAGUGCUCCAAAUGUUUCUCUACCUGAAAUUGUUGGCCUUCACAAUCCAGUCAUUGACUUCCGUUUGCUAAUCCAGAUGAGCCAAUUAGCCAAAGGAUGCAUGGUAGCUUAAAUGGCUGCUGCAAUUUCUUGGGUGGUGAGUUCUUUUUUGUGUGUGUGCUGCUGCUUUCUUUGUGGUCUUUUCAUUAAGGUUUUUAUUUUCAUUUUUUGGUUUGGACUGUUAGGAGCAAGCUUAAAGGCGCACCCCCACAUAAGUUGAGGGUGUUGAGUUUUGGGUUUUUGUUCUGCUUUGUGUAGAGUACACAGAAGACUUAUUACCAUCAUUAACAAUCCUGUGAACUAACUUAUCAGGUAUAUCAAGUGAAAUGUUGCUUUGUAUUCUGUUUUAGUAAAAAAUGCAAGGUUGA